CAGGUCGAAAUCACAGAGGAGGUAGUCAAGGCUGCAGCCGAGAACUGGCAGAAUGGGAAAGACCUGAUGGCCCUUCUUCUUCAGAAGCGAGGAGACCAGGUCGAACUCACAGAGGAGGUGGUCAAGGCUGCAGCCGGGAACUGGCUGGGUGGGAAGGAGGUGAUGGCCCUUCUUCUUGAGAAGCGAGGAGACCAGGUGGAAAUUACCGAGGAGGUAGUCAAGGCCGUAGCCGGGAACUGGCAGAAUGGGAAAGACGUGAUGGCCCUUCUUCUUGAGAAGCGAGGAGACCAGGUCGAAAUUACAGAGGAGGUGGUCAAGGCUGCAGCCGAGAACUGGCAAAAUGGGAGAGAGGUGAUGGCCCUUCUUCUUGAGAAGCGAGGAGACCAGGUCGAAAUUACAGAGGAGGUAGUCAAGGCUGCAGCCGGGAACUGGCUGGGUGGGAAAGAUAUGAUGGCCCUUCUCCUUGAGAAACGAGGAGACCAGGUCGAAAUCACUGAGGAGGCGGUCGCUUCCGUAAGAGAAAACAAGUCAACAAAAGGCUUUGUCGACAAGUCGAGGACAACCGGCAGUUGCGGACAAGUUUCUUGGGCUCUGGGGACUAUCAACGCUUUGGUGUUACUCCUUCUCGUCGGGUUUCAAGGAGUUCUGAAAACCUGAACCUGGCCUGGUGUCGAGGUUAGGGUUUGUUUUGUUGUGUGAAUAGGUCCGUAUUCAUACCGACAGUGAACAGAAAGUCGUGCCACUUCUACAACAGCGCGAUUGUAUUAUUCACCAUUGACGGGGUUAGUGCUUUGGAACGGAUUCCUUCUACCGUACGACGCAGUUGCAGCAACACAAGGUAUACCCAGCUA